AUGGCUUCUAGGGGAAUUUCAAGAGAGCUCAGGGAUCUCCAGAUGGAUCCUCCUUCAAACUGUAGCGCAGGUCCGGCUGAGGACAUGUACCACUGGCAAGCAACUAUCAUGGGACCUUCUAACAGUCCGUAUGCCGGAGGAGUGUUUUUGGUUACCAUUCAAUUUCCUCAGGAUUAUCCUUUCAAGCCACCAAAGGUGACUUUCAAAACUAAGGUGUACCAUCCAAACAUCAACGAGAACGGAAGCAUCUGUCUUGAUAUAUUGAAAGAACAAUGGAGUCCUGCUCUUACCGUAGCCAAGGUUUUGCUAUCGAUUAGCUCACUGCUGACGGACCCGAACCCAGAUGAUCCUCUUGUGCCGGAGAUAGCUCAUCUGUACAAGACGGAUAAAUUCAAGUACGAGGCAACCGCACGAAGCUGGACACAGAGACACGCUAUGGGAUGA